GCGUUACCGAGACGCUGUAACGGAAAUGACGGCGGGUUUGCGCCGGUGGCGCGAUGGAACAGCAGCAGCAGCAGCAGCAGCAGCUGAGAAAUUUGCGGGACUUCCUGUUGGUCUACAAUCGCAUGACCGAACUCUGCUUCCAGCGCUGCGUGCCCAGCCUGCACCACCGAGCUCUGGACGCUGAAGAGGAGGCCUGUUUGCACAGUUGUGCUGGGAAGCUGAUCCAUUCUAACCACCGCCUCAUGGCCGCUUACGUGCAGCUCAUGCCGGCCUUGGUACAGCGCCGCAUCGCAGACUACGAGGCUGCUUCAGCUGUGCCUGGUGUUGCCUCUGAACAGCCGGGAAACUCACCACCUGGCAGUUAGCCAUCCCUAACUCGAGAAGACGAGGCGCUGUGUGGACCCUCAGAUUGAAGGAGCCAGUGGACCUGAGCUGAGUGAAGCCUGUAUAGAGUGAGGUUGUUACUUGAGAGCUGGGUACCAUUGCUCCUCCUGGAGCCAAAUAAACCCACUUAUAUACUCUU